AAGACUUGCUAGUAUAUAUCUUCGUUCUUAGUUAAUGGAUACUAGGUUGUUUAAAUUUUCGAAAAAACCAGUAGAGCUAAAGAUCAAGAGAGCGCGGAAGCUGGAGGAAGUGGCUAAUAUUUCGAGGAGUUGCUCAAGAACGAGAGGUCCUUUCUAACUGUUCAUCAGGCCAGACUUAAAGUCUCUCCCUAUAUAUCAACUUGUUUUAUAAGAGGGAGGCGCAAAGAAAGAUAAAUUUAUUUAAGAUCGAAGCACAUAUAGACGUAAAAGGAGGUAAGCCAUGGCUUUGCGUGGAAAGCUUUUGCAACAAGUUGUGCCUGCUACUACUAAUUAUUGGGGUCACAGUUUUAGCAGCAUCUCAACCCAACAAUCCGAGCUGCAACCGCACAUGUGGAUCUUUUAAAAUCCCCUACCCAUUUGGCACAGGCGAGGGCUGCUACCUCGAUCCAUCGUUUCUCAUCAUCUGUAACCACUCUUUCCAGCCCCCCAAACCAUUUCUCGGCGUUGAUAAUAUAGAUGUCCUAGGCCUCAACAUCUCCCUUGAUGGUGAACUUCGAGUCUCAAACUUGGUUGUCCGUCGUUGCGAAUGGUGGCCAACGUAUGAUAAUCAGACUAGUCUCCACCGCAUGUCUGCCUUGCUCAAGUUGUCCAGUUUUCACGUCUCACAUACGAAGAACAGUAUCUUUGCCGUUGGCUGUAACUCCUUUGCCUACAUAAGAGGCUCGCGAGAACAAUUCGGGUAUAAGUCCUUCAGGGCCGGAUGCUUAUCACUCUGUGACAGCGAUACCAAUUUGGUUAACGGCUCUUGCUCCGGCCUUGGUUGUUGCCAUUCUGCUAUCCCAAAAGGAGUAAAGAAUUAUAGUUUGACUGUUCGGAAGUUUUACGCUAAUAUUGAAUCCAACAGUAGCCAGGGGGAUUCAUGUGCUUUCGGUUUUAUAGGGGAAACAGAGGCAUACAAAUUUUCCCCCUUGGAUUUUGAAAAUUUCACGAAUAGGGAGACUGUACCCCUGGUGCUUGAUUGGGCAAUUGGAAGUACGACGUGCAAAGAUGCUCAUAAAAACAUGAGCAGCUAUUUAUGCAAGGCAACGAAUAGUAAUUGUUUCGAUUCUAGCAACGGUCUUGGGUAUCUUUGCAACUGCUCCUCUGGUUAUCAAGGGAACCCAUACCUUCCUGAUGAAGAAGAUGAUAGUUGCCAAGAUAUUGAUGAGUGCAAAGAUCGUCCGAAUCCCUGCAAUGCUACUGCAACAUGUACCAACACUAACGGGAGCUACAAAUGUAUUUGUCCCAAGGGAUAUGAAGGCGAUGGGAGGAUGCCGCCAGCUGGAACAGGUUGUAGUCGAAAACUCGGUCAAUCCAAGAUCAUCAUUAUUGCCCUUGGUGUCUGCAUAAGCCUCCUAGUCCUACUCGUGGGAAGUUCGUGGGUAUAUUGGAUAAUGCAAAGAAGAAAGCUAGUUAAACUGAAACAAAAGUUCUUCAAACAAAAUGGUGGCUUAAUCUUAGAACGACAACUCUUGAAUCAGAAAGAAUCUGUUGAGCCAGCUAAAAUCUUUAGUGCAGAAGAGCUUGAAAAGGCCACUAACAACUAUCAUAAAACUAGAGUCCUUGGCCAAGGAGGCUUUGGGACUGUUUAUAAAGGAGUUUUGCCAAAUGAUAAAGUGGUUGCCAUUAAGAAGUCCAAUGUUGUUGAUCAGAGCCAAAUUGAGCAGUUUAUAAAUGAGAUGGUCGUGCUUGCUAAAAUUAACCACGAGAAUGUGGUUAAGUUACUAGGUUGUUGUCUUGAAACCGAAGUACCCUUACUAGUAUAUGAAUUCAUAAAAAAGGGGACACUUUUUGACCAUAUUCAUGAUAAAAACCUAUCAUCCUCGCUCUCAUGGGAGAAACGUCUGAAGGUAGCAUUGGAAACUGCAAGAGCCUUAUCAUACAUACAUUUUGAGACUUCUAUGUCUAUUAUACAUAGAGAUGUGAAAACUACAAAUAUACUUCUGGAUGAUAACCACACAGCAAAAGUGUCUGACUUUGGAGCUUCAAGACUGGUUCCUCUUGACCACACACGAUUAACAACCGUGGUGCAGGGAACUUUGGGGUACUUGGACCCAGAAUACUUCCAUACCAGUCAACUAACUGACAAAAGUGAUGUGUAUAGCUUUGGCGUUGUUAUUGCAGAGCUGCUAACAGGUGAAAAAGCACUUUCCAUGGAUAGGCCUGAAAGUGAAAGAAAUCUAGCAAUGUAUUUUGUUACUGCAUUAAAAGAGGAUCGCCUCCUUCAAAUUAUUGAUGAUCGCAUUGUCAAGGAAGGUAAUAUUGAGGAAAUCAAGGAAGUUGCUAAUAUAGCAAAACAGUGUUUAAAGGUAAGAGGGGAGGAUAGACCUAGUAUGAAGCAAGUAACAAAGGAGCUAGAGGGAUUAAGACUUUCGGAAAAACACUCAUUGAAAAAGGUUGAUCUCGACACACAACAGCCUAAAAACUUGCCAGAUGCACCUACACAUUCUUUGGGAAUUGAUGUCGACAUCGCCAGCUCUUCUAUCAGUACCACUAUUGCAGAUGAUAGCAUGAGAAAUCAAGUAGUGAAACCAACAGAUAAUGAUGCCAGAUAAUCUGUUCAUCCUCAUUGAAGGCUAGCAAAGACUAUCUCUCGUCAACAUUCAUCAUCACCACCCAUUUUCUCCAGUUUAUUAUUUGCCCCUCCCCCACCUACUGGUCCUUCCUUACUCUCUCUUUCUGCCACUCAACCACAUUCUUCCUCCAAUUCUAUUUCUCCUGUCACCCCCUUCUCUCUCCAAUGAAAGGAAAUUUGAUCUCCUUGUAUGCAUGUUUUAAUAUUGAAAGAAUGUGAUCAUAGCUUUAUAUAUCAUGUUCAUGUACGUGGUAAUUGAGAGCUGUGACAUGUAUAUAUGAUAUUCUGUUGGGUGAUUGUAAUGUUACGUAUGUGUUCUAUGUGAAAUAUGCAAUAUCUUUGAAAGCUUUUGUGAGAAUUUAGUGAAAUGAAUUGUUAGCCUA